UUUCUAAAGUAUUCAGAAAUUAAGCAAUAAACCGAUAAAUAUUUCAACAUUAUUGAGCUGGUAUUGUUCAUAGACUAAUGCUUUUAUAAUUGAUCUAAGCGUGGUCUGUAGUCGACAGGAGAUAAUAAAAAUAGUGAUCGAAUUGUUUAUUUCCCUUCUACACUGCCUUAUUUAUUGACUUAUAUUGCAUGGCUGCUGCCUCAGGCCAGAUAUAUGAAGAUGGGUGUGUAGCAAACUCAUAAGAGGCGGAGAGAGAACAUAGGUUCGUUUGCCCGAACAGGUGGAAUUGUUGAUUGCUCAUUGGUUAAAUUAACAAAAUUUUCACGGAACUGGAAGGCAAAAAAAGUAUUUCGAACAGAAAAAUUCUUUCAAAGAAGGAAACAAGCAUCCAAUUCCUUGUUCUAUUCCUUCUCCAUGUGAUAGUCAUAACCAUUACAAAAGUCUGCAAGUAAAAUCACUUCGAUCUUGAAAUGAGAGACCGGCCCUGUUUUCGAGGAUCGUUCUAUGAAAUUACAAGUUCAUUAAUGUUCUAAACACCAGCAUAAUAAAUAUUAAGUUGUUUUACUAAAUUCUUCAUUAUUUUCAAAAUUAAAUUAAACAAAGACAAAGUACUUCGACAGAAAUACUGUGUGAAAAAGCUUAAGUUUAUGGACUAUUAUUUUAGUGUGGACGUUCUACAAGCUACACCGACUAAUUGAAUUUCUGCGAACUUUUUCAUCACAAGCUAAAAAGAAAUGAAUUCGGCCAGCGUGUCCAGGUGCCGCUUUUUACUACAUUUUGCAAACGAACAUUUAGAUUUCCGUCUACCAGAACUGCACUCAGUUGCAGAAAUUCUGGGAAUACCACUAAAGAUCAAGGAAUAUGAAAGACAAACUAAGAGUCCAUUUCUGAUAGUCGAGGUACCAUCUGAAGAUAAUGUGAAGCAGUUACUGAAGAGAACCAUUUUGGUUAGGUCAGCAUAUGAACUGUGGGCCGAAGGGAAAACUCUAGAAAGCCUUAAUGAACGCCUCGCCAAGCUAAGUCCAGAAAUUACAGAACCAUACACAUCUGCAGACUCUACAUUUAAAAUUGUGGUAGAAGCAUUCAAUAAGAAAAUUCCUCCAAAAGAAAAGUUAGAGAAGAUUGAAUCCCUUCCUUGGACGGAAUUAGGAUUAAAAGGCAAAAUACGACUGGAGAAUCCUGACCACAGUUUCUACCUGUUGGAAUUCUAUGAAGAUGAAACAGGAAGCCACUCUGCGCUGAAACCAUCUUCUCUCUACUUUGGCCGAUUCAUUGCUGAAGGAAGCCGAGACCAGAUUCGACAUUACCACCUGCAGAACAGAUGCUUUAUAGGUAACACCAGCAUGGAUGCUGGGUUAUCCCUCAUAAUGGCUAACAUGGGGAAGGCUGCCAAAAACAAGCUGGUAUUCGAUCCUUUUGUUGGAACAGGAAGUUUAUUGGUGGCCUGUGCUCACUUUGGCAGUUAUGUGAUGGGGGCUGAUUUAGACUAUCUUCUUUUACAUGGCAAAGCUCGACCAUCUCGACAUAAUCAAAAGACAAGGGAUUCAAAUGAGAGCAUCCGCUCUAAUUUGAUCCAAUAUGGUGUCGGCCAUUUGUACAUCGAUGCCAUUAUUGCUGAUUCUUCCAAACACAAACUCUGGCGGAAGAACGAAAUCUUUGACGCCAUCAUCACAGACCCCCCCUAUGGCAUUAGGGAACCUGCCAAAAAAAUCUCUCCAAAUAACAGAAGAGCACAGUCACCUGAGAGAUGCCAGAAUCACCUUCCAUUAAAAACUCACUACCAACUCUCAGACAUUUUCAAAGACCUGCUCAAUUUUGCUGCCAAACAUCUAGUCUUAAAUGGCCGUCUAGUUUACUGGUUUCCUGUUUACCGUUCCGAGUACCAAGAUGAGAAUGUUCCAAUUCACCCUAACCUUGAACUGGUCGCUAACUCUGAGCAACCACUCUCGACAAAAGUGGGGCGACGUUUAAUUACCAUGGAAAAGAUCAAAAGUUACCAGGAAAACUCUGAAGAUUCAGGAUCAGCUUCAGUGAUAUUGGACCAUUAUGCAAAAUCAACUUUCCGACAGAAAUAUUUUGAAUCAUAUUGAGUCCAAGAGAAAAAGAGACACACAGACAUCCACUUCUUGAAUCAUGUAAUAAAACAUUCAGUUUUAUUUUUUAAAGAAACUUCAAGCAGUUUUCUUAUGUUUAUGUCUGUCACAAGGGUUUCAUUUGUAUGGCGAUAUCGAGCUUCCUACCAUCCUUCAGCUAUGCGGUUCAAGAUCCUCAUUUGUGAGGAGACUGCAAACAUUGAAUAUUGUAUAAAAAUUCGAAGCAGUAAUCAUCAUCUUCGGCGGCAGCGUUUAACAUUCACUUUCCAUGCUGGCAUGGGUUAGAUGGCUUGGCUGGAACUGGUUCCAGUCUGAUUUGGCAUGGUUUCUAUGGCUGGAUGCCCUUUCUAACGCCAACCAGUCCAAGAGUGUAAUGGGUGAUUUUUACGUGCCAGUUACACGACUCUGGCAUUGGCCACAACUACGAUCUGACUUGGCUUGACAGGUCUUCUCAAGCACAGCAUAUCACCAAAGGUCUCGGUCACUUGUCAUCACCUCCCAUCUGUGUGGGAGAACUUUUUAGUGACACGGGCAAAAAUUUCCAAUUAAAAAGGUCCAUGGGUGGAUCACAAGUUCUCUUAUAUCUGUGUAAAUCCUGUAUAGAUCUCUGUAUAAUUCGAUAUACAUUAAUAAAGAUAAGUUUAAUACAUUAAA